CCCGAGGAAAGGGGUCGGCGAGGCCUUCGGCUGCGGAGUUUCUAACUUUGUAAAUUAUAUAUUUCCUCCAAAUGGAUUCACAGCCCCCACUGAAGCCGUGGGAAAGGAGGAUUCCGGGCGCUAUGGGUGCUCCCGUAAAUUACAGGUCUGCAGACUUCGCCCCCUCAGUUGCCCCCUCCACCUCGGCCGGCCCUCCUGUCCUGACCCGGGUGGUUCCUCCUGUUCCCCCCCGUCCAGUGCAGCCGUCCUACCGUCCAACCUACAGCUCGUUCCCCUCCACCUACAGCCCCUAUGGGGGCUCCAUCUACGGUGGCUACGGCGGCUACAGCCCCUACAGCUUCGGCAGCGGCGGCUACGGCGUGGGACGCUACAACCGCCUGCCCCACGCCGAGGACGUGGCCCCCAGCCGCUUCGUGCAGCAGGCGGAAGAGAGCAGCCGCGGCGCCUUCGAGUCCAUCGAGAGCAUCGUCAACACUUUCGCGUCCGUCAGCAUGAUGCUGGACGCCACGUUUUCAGCCGUGUACAACAGUUUCCGCGCAGUGCUGGACGUGGCCAACCAGUUCACGCGGCUGCGCGCCCACCUCACCCACGUCCUGUCGGCCUUCACUUUGGUGCGCAUGCUGCGCUACCUCUACAGGCGGUUGCAGAGGCUCCUGGGACGCGGGUCGGAGAUUGAGGACUUGUGGGCCGACAGCACUCAGGACGCCCUGGUGAGCCCCUCCGGAGGGCACAGCACAGGCACGAGCAAUCCAGGCAUGAAGUCCUGGCCUAUUUUUCUGUUUUUCUCUGUUGUCCUGGGAGGACCUUACCUCAUCUGGAAACUGCUGAGCUCCAGCCAAGUCGCUGAAGAAAACAAUACUGACUGGGCCAGUGGGGAGGACGACCAUGUGGUGGCCAGAGCAGAGUACAACUUCACAGCUGCCUCUGAGGAGGAGAUUUCUCUGCAGGCUGGAGACAUGCUCAACCUCGCUCCUAAAGAACAACAGCCCCGGGUUCGCGGCUGGCUGCUGGCCAGCUCCAACGGUCAGACCACCGGGCUCGUGCCGGCCAACUACGUCAAAGUCCUCGGGAAGAGGCGAGGUCGAAGGCACGCGGAGGCCGAGAUGCUCGCCCAGGAGCGCCGAGCUCACGCAGAGCUCUCCCAGAAUGCGUCGGCGGCACAGCCACAUUCUGAAUCGGCGCCGAGUUUCGCCCCGGACCUCAGUGUGAUGUCCACGGACGAGCUGCUGGAGUCGACGUACAGAGAGACGUCGGAGUCUGCGGGGGUGGGAGCAUCCAGCUCCAGCACAGUGCUGAACAUCCCGGACAAGAUGGACCUGUGAUGGUGUGUGUGUGUCUGUGUGUGUGUGUAUGGAGGGCUUUGACUUAGUCCAUACCUGUUAAAGUGUAUCUUUGGAGGUCAACUAACAGUCAGAACUAGGAAUUCAAUAAAAAACCACCGAACACGAGGAUCUUGUUGUCUGAACGGUUUCCAUAGACAGGCUCACUCUUUGUUGUCGUCAUUUUCUGUUAGUCGGUGCUCGUACAAGAGCGAUCAUAUCUUCAAGUCGUUUCUAUGUGGACAAUAACAAGGUGGCGUUUUCUUUUCUUUGUCCUCUUUCAGAGGCUGCUUGACCUUCUGCAUUGUUUUCUCUGUAAAGCUCAUGCGGUUGGCUGUGUUUAGGAGGCCGGGCCAGUUUUGCACAGUUGCUUGGUCAGAAAGAAAUGUAAUUUGUAAAUAUUUAUUAUAAUUAUUUUGAAAAUAAAUAGU